GUGAAGGGGAGGCUGCGAUUCAGCCUCGCUUUUGGUCUCAGUGAGUUGUGGGUGUCGCUGCCUAUUUUCUAGCAGUCCGUUCUUUCAAUGGGUGGGUGUUCAUGUGCCGCUUUUGAGUGGUGGCCACUGUACAAGAGGUGAGCUCAGAUGGUGGCUGCUCACAGAGCCCCCUGCUUCCGUUCCCCUGUCUGGAGGGAAGAGUGUGGUGCCCAGUGGCUGGAGAGGAAAAGGCUGUUUGGGGAAGGGCAGAGAGUGUGGAAGAACAGUUUCGCUCCCUGGACUGCCCUUGCUCCCUGGAGGGAUGCAGCCCCCCAAGCAGGGCUGACGGGGGCAACCUAGAGGCACCCUUCCCACACCCCACACAUGACCCCUGGCCCCAACUGCCCCGAGGCCCAUUCCCAUGCUCCAUGCCCAUGAGGAGGUUCUCAGGGCGUUGUGUGGAAAGGGGGCGAUUGGGCAGUUGCCCCGCGGAUCAUGUUGGGUCAGACAGAGCCUGGGGGGGGGGGGCGGCACGAGGACUGCUUGGCUCUGUGCCUGUCCGGGACUCCCUCCGGGGCGUCUGCCACAGGUGCUUCCUUAGCAGACUGGGGCAUGUUUUUUUUCACCUGGUUCCUUCCCGGGGAGACUCGCUGCUGCAGGAGCCGCUAGCGGGGAAGCCAGGCAUCGGCUGUCCGGCGUGCUCCACUCUGCCGGAGCGCUGUAGCUCCUCCUCACAGCUUCUCACUGACGCGUGGAAGAUCGGUGGAGCCUUGCAAAGGAGGCUGCUCAAAACGGUGGUGGCCCAGGUGCUUGGCGGCCAGCCCUGGCAGGGUGUGUGCAGAUGGGUAGAACCCAUCCGUGCAAAUUUGAGCCGGUGAUCAGGAGAUGCGACGUUCUUCUGUCCGGGUGUUGCCCUAAAACACAGAUGGUGCCCCUCCCCUAUGCACAGACAUGGGCCUCCACGCUGUGCCUGCUGGGUGCUGGGGUUCCUGCCGAGGAUGCUGAGCUGGAUGGUCUUGGCCCUGAUCCGCACAGUGCUUUCUCGGCAGGUGGGCAGCUUCAGGACUGCUUAGCUGGGAUCGGUGCUGUCCUUUCAGCUGCUUGAGAGAUCCUGCGCUGGCUCUGGAGGAAGGGGCUGGGGCCACGCGCAGGCGGCAACUUGCCCCCAGAGGAAAGGGAGCCGUGAGUGGCAGCAGGGCGCACGACUGCGCGUGACAAGGUGCACAAAGUGCCGUGGAACACAAUCUGGAGAUGAGCCAGAAAGAUGAGAUCAAGUGAGCCUCGAACUGGGCCAGGGGAGGGGGGCUGCAGAACAUGGGGUCUCUCCUGGCCCAGAGGGGCUGUGGCCCAGCAGGCUCCCCUGGGUUGGAGGGCUCCGGACAGCCAGGGCUGAGCCAUAGGAGCCACCUGCUCCAGGGCUUCCGCAGCACACCUCUUCUGGUCUCCGGGCCUGCAGGGGGUGUAACACAGUCUUGCUUCUCAGAGCCAAGGGAGGAAGCUUUGGUGCGCUCAAGCUCCUGGGCUUGGGAAAGAAGGCCAAGCUCUUAUCGCUUGAUCAGCCAGGCCGGCCACAUGACAGCCAGCUGAAAGUCAUUAGGAGGGGCUGCAGAGUGGCCGGCGGGCUGGCCAGCCCAGCUGGGUGCUGCUCUCGGAGGCUGCAGGAGACGUGCUCAGAGACCAGACCAGACGGCGGCUCUCCAUGGAUCUGCGGCUGCUGCUGGCAGUCCUGCCUCCCAGAUCCCCUUGGCCCUGGGCAGCUUGUCCAUAGAACUGACGGGGAAAACCACGCAGCGUUUCCUGGCCUCCCAGGUUGCCAUUGACGUUCUCACUAUGACUGAUGGAGACUACGACUACCUCAUCAAAUUCUUAGCCCUGGGGGACUCGGGCGUAGGGAAGACCAGCUUCCUCUACCAGUACACAGAUGGCAAAUUCAAUUCCAAAUUCAUAACAACCGUUGGCAUCGACUUCCGGGAAAAGAGGGUGGUGUACCGAUCCAAUGGGAUGGAUGGCGUCAGCGGUCGAGGGCAGAGGAUACACUUGCAGCUGUGGGACACCGCCGGGCAGGAGAGGUUCCGAAGUCUGACCACGGCCUUCUUCAGGGACGCCAUGGGCUUCCUCCUCCUCUUCGAUCUGACCAACGAGCAAAGCUUCGUCAAUGUCCGGAACUGGAUGAGCCAGCUGCAAACGCAUGCCUAUUGCGAAAGCCCUGAUGUGGUGCUGUGCGGAAACAAGAGCGACCUGGAAGAGCAUCGGGUGGUGAAAGAGGAGGAUGCGAAGGAACUUGCAGAGAAGCACGGAUUCCCCUACUUUGAAACAAGUGCGGCCAACGGUGCGAACGUCAGCAAGGCCGUCGAGACGCUGCUGGACCUCAUCAUGAAGCGUAUGGAGCGGUGCGUGGACAAGUCUUGGCUCCCGGAAGGUGUGGUGCAGCCCAACGGGCACGGCUCCACCGAGCAGCUCAGCGACCAGAAAGGCAGCGGCAAGUGCAGUUGCUGAGGACUCGGGCCCGACUGCAGCGUGUAAAUGAAGCGAUGAGGAUAUUGUGGCUGAAGCUUUCUUUGAUUCAUUCAUGAACCGCUCCUCCUGCCUCCUGUGUGUGUAGCAAUAGAUGCCUGUGAUCGGGUAAUCCUCGGAGUUUACUUCUGGAUGCUUCCGGCUGGUUCUCUGCAGCCAUUUCCCUUUCCAAGUCAUUAGGCAGAGAUGGAUCUGGAAUGGUUUGCAGGAGAACCAGUCUGCCUGGGCAUCCAGAGAAGAGCAGAGCACAUGUCUCCAAGGGCCCAGCUUUUUCACCCAAGCACUCAGAACAGUCCUCAGGAGCAGAAGCAGGCAAGCAGUGGCCGAGGAAUGCAGGUAGCAGACCCUAAGUUAUGCGAAGUGUGCUGCUCUUCAAUAAACUUCUGUGACCGAGAAGACCAGUGUUGAAAAGGACAGUGCCCAAGGCGGCCUCUCCAAGCUGAGAAUCUCUGCUGCCUGAACACCGAUGUGCCAACCUGCCUGAGAUGGACCAUGAGAGCGUGAGAUGCAGUGGGACUGAGAUGUCACCGGUACCUUUCGCCUGUUCUGACAGGAAUGUAGGGCAAGUUCAUGGUCCGCACUACAUUUCUUCGCCUCACAUCUACGCUUGGAAAAUCACCUUCACACUGGGGCCAAACUGCCGUCACCAGCUCUGUUUGGGGAGGCCUAGCGAGGCUCGUGAACACUUCUGGGUCUCCUCCUGGCUUCUUUUUGUGUUGUGCUUUGCUCCCACAGCAUCUGACACCCUUUGUUGCAAUCAUGCUUCUUGCUUGCUUUUGGUUAUGCAUAAUCACAGUGGCUGGAUCAGUUUGUUUACUCUCAGAUGUAAGAAUGGGCAGAAUCAGUACUUUAAAUUGGGCAGAGAAUCUACCGGGUGCCACUUCCAUGUGCAUUUGGAGUCCAAGAGAGCAGCAUCGAGGCUGUGCUUGCACAGUGACCCUACAUUUCAGUGGUGCGUGUGUGAAGGGAGAGGGGUAGCUUUUGUCCGCAUGCACACACAGGAUGCCUACUGAAGGAUCUCUUGGAGCGGCUGAAACUCCCUAUGCUGGAAACAGCUCGCCAAAAUGUCUGAACGGGCCGUGUCUGUUUGUGAUGACCGCACGCCAGCAGAGCCUGCACACUGUGGGCCCCGGCAAUCCUUCCUUGUGCAACAACCCAAUUGCCAGCCUGUGCUGUUUUAGCCAACCUGGGCUCAUGAAGGGACCAGGUUGGCAAGCCUUGCUCAGGAGCAGAUGGUCUGAUGCAGCCAAAACCCAAAGCUCUCUUCGCAGGCUGGGGCAGGGCGCUCCGCUGUGGUCAAAACAGUGACAAAGCAUCCAAAAUCUGCCUUACUGCUUGCUCAUAACGAGCCAGAUGUUGGUUGGCAACCUACUAACUGCCACCACCGGGUAUGUUUUUAAUAAUACAAAUGACACAAUCUGAAUGUAUGGAACAUAAAGUAACUGUUUGAUAGCUGUGCAUAAGUGCCAUGUCCUAAAAAGGAUUUUAAAACCACACUGUAAAAGAAUCUUUGCCUUUAAUGUUAGGAUCGCUUUGUCAGAAAUGCAGGCCAGGUGGUGAAGGCAUAGUCAGUUUGGUAAGGACUCUGCCACGUUGUUUUAACAAGCAGUGCCCACACAUACAGUCAGGCCUGUAGCCGGCUUGCCACUCAGAAGGAGCCAGGGCAAAGCAAAAGAACCACCAUAGGCGGUCUGACGAGAUCAGUGAGGGCCAGAUUGACUUCCUUCCGCACUGGGCCCUGCGUGCUUCAUGGUCAGUCCUGCUAAAAUCUAAAGCGGGCUUUGACGAACGUGUGCCUUGGCGCCCAAAUGCAACAGCGCCUUUCCUUUUGUCUGGAGGUGCUUUAGAUUUGCUACUAAAGGCCAAAACGGCCACAUUGUUUGGCCUGCACAUUCUAUGUAUUUACAGAGCUGUAUUAAAAAAACAGUUUUUGCUGCCCUAACAAGAGAACUUUAUUAAAAACUAAUUAUAGUAA